CUCUUCCUUUGGUUACGCUCCACGUAAUUGUUUGACAGUUGGCCGAAGCGAAACACCACGAGCAUUGUUUUUUUCUUAAAUUGUAAAAUAUAUUUAAUUGGAAAUUGCUUAUAGUAAAAAUUGUAAAGGACAUUAAGAAAGGAAAACCCUCCAGUGUGCCCAGCAAUAGAGCGAGACAGCCAGUGCAAGAGAGAGAGAAAGAGAGAGACUUAUGUAUGGUCGAUUUGAUUGCUCGGCAUCAUGAGGCUGCUGCUCAAGGAGCUGACGCGUUUAACCACGCAGCAUCGCACCUUCUAUUGCUACAUGUUGCUCAGCAUCUGGAUAUUUCUGCUAAUUGCAGGCAUGUAUCGCUAUAUGGGCAACGUGGAACGUCUUGGCAAUCCGGGCGGUGGCUAUGGCACGGGCACUGCCAGCUCGGGACUUGCUCCAGGAGCUGGUGGUAAGGACGCCGCAAGCAGUGCUCAGCGUUUUGCCAAAUAUCGUGAACGCUGCGCGCCGCUCAGUCAGCUAACGCGCCUGGACGAUGGCGGCAUACUGGAGGGUUGGAAGCUACAGGGAGUGCUCCUGGUCAUACGACAUGGCGACCGUGGUGCCAUGUCCCACGUGCAUGCCAACGGCAUCAAUUGUGGCGUGCCGGCCGAUGGAGACAGCCUGGUCAACAAAUAUCGCAGCUUUCUGCAAAACUCGAGCAGCUCUGCGUCCGGCUCGAAUCAUUUGUACUGGAGCAAAGUGGGUCCAUUCCAUGGCUUUCCCCUGCUGCCCGCCACGGAACGAGGCUGUCCGUUGGGUCAGCUGACAUACAAAGGCAUUGCCCAGUUGCUGCACGUAGGCGACAUCAUGCAUCAGAUCUACGCCCAUCCGCUGGGCCUGCUGCUCAAGCCGAAUGCCCUCAGAGUGGGCGUGGACACGACGCCCCACACGCUGCUCAACUCGGACGAGGUGGUGGUCUUCACGACGCGCUAUCGCCGCACCUUUCAGUCGGCGCUGGCCUUGCUCUUCGCCCUGCUGCCGGCGGACAAGUGGCUGGCGCUGAACGUGAGGGAGUCGCACAGCAUGGCCUUCUGCUUUGGGGACUGCUCGUGCGGCCAGUCGCUGGUGCUGCGCAAGCGGCUGAUGCAGCUGGCGGACAGGCAGCUGGUGAAGCGCUCCGAUGUGCUGGCCGUGAUGCAGUGGAUCGGCGGGACGCUGAUACAGCACACAGCUAACGAGGGGGGCGUGACGAAUCCCUUCGAGGUGGUGGAUGCCAUGCUGACUGUGCUCUGCCAUGACGCCGCCUUGCCGUGUCGCAGGCGCAAUGGCAGCCGGACUGCCAGCACCCUAGCCCACAAUCCCGAGCUGGUGGACGUCAUCAACAUCGACCAGGACGAGGCGAAUGUGGCGAAUCUUAUGCCAGGAGGAGCAGCGGCAGCAGCGGAGCUGGAGCAGCAGCAGCAGCUGGAGGAGGAGGACGAGGCAGCUGCCUCCAAUGGCGGCUGCGUGGAGCCCUCCCAAGUGGAUGCACUUAUGUCCUUCGCCGACGAGCUCUCUCUGCGCACUGCCCAGCACAUCUACUACAAGCGAGCGGGCCUGCUCCGGGCGUACGGCAUGAUCCGUCAUAUAGUUGGAUAUAUGCUAAAGAUGAUAUCGGGGGAUCGGACCAAGUUCGUACUCUACUCUGGCCACGACUGCACCAUGCAGUAUCUGACGGCUGCCCUGGGAAUAAUUAGCAAUCGUGACGGAAAGACGAUCUCGUACGCAUCACGCUUGGCCUUUGAGGUCUAUCGCUCCGAUGCCCAUACGGAUUAUUAUUUCCGUGUCGUCUACAAUGGGCGCGAUGUGACGCAGCAGAUCGAUUUCUGCGAAGGUGGCAAAAGUCUGCGCGUGACUCGGGACAGUCGCGGCAACAAGGCCGAUCUGUGUCCCAUCGAGAACAUCAUACGAUUCCUGCACGAGGACUAUUUCGGGCCAUUGAAUGCGACCAAUUUCAAGGAGGCCUGCGCAGCGCCUGUCGCACAGUCAGCCAAAGCGAACGAGUUCUAGUGGCACUGGGUUCCAUUCUCAGCUGUGAUAAGUAUUAUGUUAUAUAUAUAUAUGGUUAAGACGAAAUCCAACAAAUGACGAAACUUUGUGAACACUUACCAGAACGGUCCCCAUACAACAAAAGCAACGAAAUCUUCUAUGCUACAGAUUGCAAUACCAACUCGACUUCGUAUUCGUAUUGGCUCUCGGCGAUUAAUGGAGGCUGAGAGUCUUGUGUGCGAUUGAGGGAGAUAGCAGCUGUCACUUACACAAUUAUAUUUUUACUCUCAAUUGCUUACGCACAUGUUUGUAUGCAUGUGUGUGUCUUACGCCUAGUGCGCUCGAAGGAGAUGGCAGCUCCCUUUUGCUCAUGCCGUCUCACUACACAAUUGCGUUUACGCUCACUUUUAAGUGUUGAUCAAAGCCAAGUGCGCUCGAGGGAGACAGCAACUUUCUCUUACACAAAUCUGCUCUAACUUAUUUUCAAAUGCUUCAUGCAUGUGUAUGUGCCUAAGCCUAAUGCGAUGGAAGGAGAUAGCAACUCCCACUCACUUCGCAGCUCUGUUCUCGUUUAUUUGUAAUCGCUUUCUCAAAUGUAUUUAUGUAUGUGUGUAUGCAUGCAACUUUUGUUUACAUUUCUGAUCAGUGCUUGCUUACCUGUUGAGUGAAGAGUAUCACAAUGCAGCAGGAGAAGCACUCUCAAUUUUGUUGGCAGGAUAACUAUGCGUUGUUGUAUGGCAAGUGACCGAAUGAAACCAAACAUAUCAAUUGAAUCGCACACAUUUUACUUUAAGUUAGUAUAUACAUAUAUAUCUACAUAUAUAGCAGAAUUCUAGCAUAAUUGUAAUUCCUAGACCGAUACAUAUCAGCGAUUGCUUCCACAGGGGCAAUCCUUAACAUUUUCUAGGCUAAGUUCUAUGAGAUGGAAUAUAUCUCUAUGAGAAAUACAUAUGUGUAUUACAUAUGUUUAUUACAUAUCAGCAACAUAUCAUGUGCAACACUUUCCUACAGUUUUUAAAUACAAAUAUACAACAUUUUCCUCCCACAGUUAAGUAUUUAAAUAAAUGUUAAACAAAAAUAAUAACA